UGGACGUCGACAUAAUUCCACACCACAAUGAACGUACAACGGAUAUGCUGGAGACAAAGUCUCUGCCAGCUGACCCCAUCAUGCCGGCGAAAUAUUUCCCAAGCCGCCGCCGGAGCAACAGCGAAAGCCCGUCAAGCUCCAGCCCGCAGAGGAGGUCUGUUUGAAGUGCCUCGUCUGUGGGAUGCUGAGUCUUUCGCGUAUGCGCAGGCCAAUGGCGUUCAUAAUCGCAACGAAGAAGGCGACAGCAGAAAAGGCCUGUUUACCGCCAGGGGUUUCAACAUAGCGUACACCAGCUAUCAGGACAAGAUGAUCAAGGGCUUCAAUCAACGCAUUGCGGAGCGAGGGAUCGAAGGCAGCAUCAAAGACAUCGUCGUGCAAACGGCCCGCAACCCUGCCGAAGCCUCCCUCUUCAACCACGCCUCCAUGGCCUUCAACAACCAUUUUUUCUUCGAAGGCAUCACCCUGCGCCCCACCGACGAGAUCCCGGCAAAGCUCAAGUCGGCGCUUGAAAAGGACUUUGGAAGCAUCGACAACCUGAAGGCGGAGAUGCUCGCCAUGGCCGGUGCAAUGUUUGGGCCCGGCUUCGUCUGGCUCGUUCGUGCCAGGGAAGCGAACAACAGCUUCAAGCUGCUCGCCACGUAUCUGGCCGGCUCGCCGCUCGCCGGAGCCCACAAUCGAAGACAGCCUAUCGACAUGAACACGCAAAACGUCGCCGCCGCGCAAGCUGCGGGCGGCCUCGAGGGACUCAGCCGUGCUCAAUUCUCGGAGCAGCAUACCGUGCCGCAGAACAGCGUCGGUGCGUUCGGAAAACUCUCUGUAGACACGAGGAUGUUAGCCUACGGUGGCGUGAAUGUCACGCCGUGCUUGUGCGUGAGCACGUGGGAACAUACAUACAUGUAUGACUGGGCGUACAACAAAAUGCAGUUCUUGGAAAGAUGGUGGAAUUUCAUCGACUGGAACAGAGUGCACCAGAUAUCCGACGUCGAGACAGACAGGAGCCGCUUUCAGCGCAGAUAAAUAUGGCGAAGCGGCUCCAAAGCGGACGAACGUCAGCGCGGAAGAAGCAUGAAAGCCUUGGUGUUUCGGCAUGUAUCAUAGGCAGUAUCAGCAUUGCGCCGGUGUAUUUAUAUUAGAAGACUGGCGGGGGAAGAGCCUCAUGCAAUCCUCGUGUACGAAAAUCAUCCGAACCGCCAUCUAGGGACCUGUAAUUAUCUGACACUGACAUUCACAUCAUUACGCAUCCCAUCCCGUACAUUGCCUUCUCCACGUUUUUCUUCACGCUAAACCAAUCAGCGCGCCUUUCGGCAAACUCAUACACUUCUUCCGCACGGAAGAUUCCAUGAUAGCGGUCAGGAUCAGCGAUGAUUUUGCCAAUCUCUUUAGCAUCUUUGGGAUCCACGAGGUAAAGCUGGCACAUCUCGCUCAGCGCAUUGAAAU